AUGGAAUCAUUUUCAAAACUAUCACCAGAAGAUCAAGCCACAGCUCAACAUGUUAGAAAAGUAUAUGCAUAUCUAGAAGAAGUAGGAGUACCGGGAGAUGGGUUUGCAGAAGGAAUCGAACGAACCAGAGAACACAGACCACUUUCACAACAUAUUUUGAAUCAUCAAUCACAAAGAAGACAAGACCAACGAAUUUGUGAUUUAGCAGAAGCUGAAAUAGCUGUCUUAAGAUCAGCAGAUCGAUAUGGGUUUUUCAAAAACCCAACCAGCGAACGAUCUAUAAUCUUACAUUCACUUUUCUUUUAUCCAUCAAAUGCAACGGUCUCUAAUCGAGAUGCACCACCUAAACCUGAAAACCCAUAUGUAGACGUAGCAGAGAAUCAAAUCGAAUUAAGAAGAAUCUCAAAAUGGAAUGAAAUGUUAAUGGGAGAUAGAAGAGAUUCAGGAUCGAAUAUAAUUUCAUAUAGAUUAAAUGAUCAAUGGACCCAUCAAACCGAUCGAUUUGAAAAACGGUGUUAUAAAGGUAUACCUGAUCGAUGGAGAAGAGCAGCUUGGGAUUUGUUGAUUAAAUAUUUUGCGAUUCAUAAGAUUCCGAUUGAUCGAUCUGAACGGUUAUCGCAAUCAUUUAAAUCAGAUGAAAAAUUGAUCGAACAGUUUACAAUGGCUAUUCAAAUUCCUAGUGAUCAAGAUGUUCAAAUCGAUUUAGAUGUACCAAGGACUAUCAAUGGUCAUAUCUUCUUUCACACACGUUAUGGUCGUGGUCAACGAGCUUUGUUUCAAGUCCUUCAUGCUUUUGGAAUGCAUUGUGAAACCUGUGGUUAUUGUCAAGGAAUGGGACCGAUAGCUGCUACCUUACUAAACUACUUUGAUGCUGAAAUGGCUUAUGUUGCUAUGGUCAGAUUACAUGAUUGGUAUGAUUUUCAUCAAAUCUUUGCACCUGGCUUUCCUGGUUUAGUGGAAUGUUUUUAUGUUCAAGAAAGAUUAACUGAAUAUCUCUUACCGAACAUACACAAAGUUUUCACUCAACAAAUGAUUUCAACUUCAUCUUUCGCCACUAAAUGGUACAUCACUCUGUUUGCAAAUACAGUUCCCUUUGAAGCACAAUUAAGAUUAUUAGAUGUACUUUUAUUAGAAGGCAUGGAUAUUUUAAUCUUAGCAUCAGUGGCUAUCAUUUUUUCACUUCGAUUUGAUUUAUCACAAGGAAACGAUUUCGAAAUGAUCUUAUCUACUCUAUCUUCUAGAUUUGAAAUGAGUCUUCAAACUUCUAAAGCUUGGAUUCGAUCGAUUCGAAAGUUGGGAAAAAGGAAAGAUGUUCAAGAUGUUAUGACAAAAGCUAGGGUUCAAUGGAAAGAAGCCGUCAAAGAUGGUAGUGCUAGUAGGAAAGUGACUUGA